CACUAGUAUUUGAAAAGGACAAAAACGUUUUUUGGAAGCAAGCAAACGGUAGAAAGUAGAAAAGAUCGAGCACCCAAGAGGGUGGUGGUUUGUUGAGAAUCUCCACUGUGUUUGUUGUGUGUGGGAGGGAGAUGGGUGGGAGGAAGAAGAGCAAUGGCUCUGUACGGUCCAUUUUCAUGCAUGCCGACGCUGCAGAUUUGUGGUUGAUGGCUUUCGGGUUCCUCGGAGCUCUGGGUGAUGGGUUUUCCAUGCCGGUGGUUUUGUAUGUGACCAGCGAGAUUAUGAAUAAUAUCGGCAGUUCCUCAACUUCUGCAGCUGAUGCCUUCGUUGAUAAAAUCAACAAGAAUGCAGUGACUUUGCUGUACAUUGCUUGUGGGUCAUGGGUUGCUUGUUUCCUAGAGGGAUAUUGCUGGUCAAGAACAGCAGAGAGACAAGCCACAAGGAUGAGGGCUAGAUAUCUGAAAGCAGUGCUGAGGCAGGACGUGGGCUAUUUCGAUUUGCAUGUGACCAGCACAGCAGAGGUCAUCACCAGCGUCUCCAACGAUAGUCUCGUGAUUCAAGAUGUUCUUAGCGAAAAGGUCCCAAACUUCUUGAUGAACGCUGCGACUUUCUUAGGGAGCUACAUAGCGGCCUUCGCUAUGCUGUGGAGGCUAGCUAUUGUGGGGUUUCCCUUUGUCGUUGUUCUUGUGAUUCCUGGGUUGAUGUACGGACGGACACUGAUGGGCCUGGCGAGGAAGAUCAGGGAAGAGUACAACAAGGCUGGUACCAUAGCAGAGCAGGCCAUCUCUUCCAUCAGAACCGUUUACUCCUUUGUUGGAGAGAGCAAAACCCAGUCUGAUUUCUCUGCAGCUCUCCAAGGCUCUGUGAAAUUGGGUCUGCGCCAGGGUUUGGCCAAGGGCUUGGCCAUUGGUAGCAACGGUAUCGUUUUUGCCAUAUGGUCUUUCAUGAGUUGGUACGGUAGCAGAAUGGUCAUGUAUCACGGAGCUCGUGGAGGAACUGUUUUCGUCGUAGGGGCUGCCAUCGCUGUCGGUGGACUAUCACUGGGUGCCGGAUUAUCCAACCUGAAGUACUUCUCGGAAGCAUGCUCAGCGGGAGAGCGAAUAAUGGAGAUGAUAAAAAGAGUCCCAAAGAUCGAUUCAGACAACAUGGAGGGCCAAAUCCUAGAAAACGUAUCUGGGGAAGUGGAAUUCAGACACGUAGAAUUCGCGUACCCAUCACGGCCGGAGAGCAUAAUUUUUAAAGAGUUCAAUCUGAAGAUCCCGGCGGGGAAAACAGUGGCAUUGGUCGGAGGCAGCGGGUCCGGAAAGUCCACAGCGAUAUCUCUGUUGCAGAGGUUUUAUGACCCACUUGGUGGGGAGAUUCUUCUUGAUGGGGUGGCCAUUGAUAAGCUACAGCUCAAGUGGGUGAGGUCACAGAUGGGCUUAGUGAGCCAAGAACCAGCACUUUUUGCAACCACCAUUAAAGAGAACAUACUUUUCGGAAAAGAGGACGCUGUAAUGGAGGAGGUAGUUGCUGCUGCCAAAGCUUCUAAUGCUCAUAAUUUCAUUUGUCAGUUGCCUCAAGGGUAUGAUACCCAGGUGGGGGAGAGAGGAGUUCAAAUGUCUGGAGGCCAGAAACAGAGAAUCGCCAUUGCACGCGCCAUCAUCAAAGCCCCACAAAUCCUCCUCCUCGACGAGGCAACCAGCGCGUUAGACUCCGAGUCGGAGCGAGUCGUCCAAGAAGCCCUAGACAAUGCGGCCGUUGGCCGCACCACCAUCAUCAUCGCCCACCGCCUCUCUACCAUCCGCAACGCGGACAUCAUCACUGUCGUCCAGAAUGGCCAGAUCAUGGAGACCGGCUCUCACGACGACCUCAUCCAGAACGACGACGGACUCUACACUUCCCUCGUCCGCCUCCAGCAAACCGAGAAGUCGGAGGCCCCUUCACUCCCGAUCUCCUCAACCGCCGCGAUCUCAACCAGCAUGGAUCUCCACAGCACCAGCAGCCGCAGGCUCUCUCUUGUCAGCCGCUCGAGUUCCGCCAACUCAAACGCACCAAGCCGGCCCGCCGGAGAAGUAUUCACUGCGGCGGAGCAAGACUUUCCGGUGCCGUCUUUCCGGAGACUGCUGGCAAUGAACCUUCCUGAGUGGAAGCAAGCUAGCAUGGGAUGUUUGAGUGCAGUCUUGUUUGGUGCCGUUCAACCAGUGUAUGCAUUCGCAAUGGGAUCGAUGAUAUCGGUUUAUUUCUUCCCUGAACAUGAUGAAAUCAAAAAAAAAACCAGAACAUAUGCGCUUUGUUUUGUUGGAUUGGCUGUGUUCUCCUUCCUGGUAAAUAUCAGCCAACAUUACAAUUUUGCAGCCAUGGGAGAGUACCUGACCAAGCGGGUGAGAGAGAGGAUGUUUUCAAAGAUUCUGACUUUUGAAGUAGGGUGGUUUGACCAAGACCAGAACUCCACUGGUGCCAUUUGCUCUAGGCUCGCCAAAGAUGCCAAUGUGGUGAGAUCAUUAGUGGGUGAUCGAAUGGCGCUUCUUGUCCAAACCUUCUCAGCUGUGAUCAUCGCCUGCACAAUGGGUCUGGUCAUUGCGUGGAGACUUGCUGUGGUGAUGAUAGCGGUUCAACCGCUGAUUAUAGUCUGCUACUACACAAGACGGGUGCUUCUCAAAAGCAUGUCCGCUAAGGGUAUCAAGGCCCAAGAAGAAAGCAGCAAGCUUGCCGCUGAAGCAGUCUCUAAUCUCCGAAUCAUCACAGCCUUUUCAUCCCAAGCCCGAAUCCUGAAAAUGCUUGAGGCCGCACAGGAAGGUCCCCUACGGGAAAGUAUCCGUCAAUCAUGGUUCGCUGGGAUCGGACUCGGAACCUCCCAAAGCCUCAUGACAUGUACUUGGGCUCUGGAUUUUUGGUAUGGGGGUAAGUUAAUCUCACAAGGCUAUAUUUCAUCAAAAGCAUUGUUUGAGACAUUCAUGAUCUUAGUAAGCACCGGCCGUGUCAUUGCCGAUGCCGGAAGCAUGACCAGUGAUCUCGCCAAAGGGUCGGACGCGGUUGGUUCGGUUUUCGCAGUCCUUGACCGCUACACACGAAUAGAACCCGAAGAUCCGGAUGGUCACCAACCCGAAAAAAUAAUUGGUCGAGUUGAAAUUCGUGAUGUGGACUUUGCUUACCCGGCUAGACCUGAUGUACUUGUGUUUAAAAGCUUCUCAAUCAAUAUAGACGCCGGAAAAUCAACGGCACUUGUAGGACAGAGUGGGUCCGGUAAGUCAACUAUCAUCGGAUUAGUAGAAAGAUUCUACGACCCACUCCAAGGAAGCGUCAAAAUCGACGGUAAAGAUAUAAGAUCCUAUCACCUUAGAGUACUACGAAAACACAUCGCACUAGUGAGUCAAGAGCCCACACUGUUCGCAGGCACCAUAAGAGAAAACAUUGCCUACGGCGCAUCUGAUAAAAUCGACGAAUCAGAAAUCAUCGAAGCCGCAAGGGCAGCCAACGCUCACGAUUUCAUUGCGGGACUAAAAAAUGGCUAUGAUACGUGGUGUGGUGACAGAGGAGUACAACUCUCCGGUGGGCAGAAGCAGCGUGUCGCUAUAGCCCGCGCCAUACUAAAAAACCCGGCGGUGCUGUUGCUUGACGAAGCUACGAGCGCACUGGAUAGCCAAUCAGAGAAGGUGGUGCAGGAUGCUCUGGAGCGCGUGAUGGUGGGGCGGACGAGUGUGGUGGUGGCCCACAGGCUGAGUACCAUACAGAAUUGUGAUCUCAUAGCGGUUUUGGAUAAAGGAAAAGUGGUGGAGAAAGGGACCCACUCAUCCUUGUUAGGAAAAGGCCCCAGUGGUGCGUACUACUCGCUAGUGAACCUCCAAAGGAGGCCCAACACCUCCAACAUGGUCAACUAGAGGGCGAAGAUAAGAUGCCUUUGCGAUGAAAUAGGCUUUUGUUUGCCAUCAUAAGACAUAUUCAUGGAGGCCCAACAAUCUCUGCAUACCAAAACCUAAGAUAUUUGUUUCUCCAAUCAGAAGUCGACCCUCGUCUCCCAUUAUGUUGUGCCCCUUUCUUAGUAAAUAUUAAUAAUAAUACUAAUGCUACGUGGUUGCUGUAUAGAACAACAGCUAUCCAAAAAUUAAUUUCAA